UGACGCCGCGGCGGCCCCCGACAACCCAGCCCUUGCACACUCCAGCGCGCGCGCCCCAAACCGCCGCCCCAUUGCGCCCCCGGUGCCGAAGAUGGCCGCUCUCAAACUGCUCUCCUCUGCGCCAAGGCUCUGCGGCUCCAUCCGCAGCUCCCCGAGCGUCUGGUCCAAGGGGUGUGCCUGCUACUUUUCGGUCAGUACUCGUCACCAUACCAAAUUUUAUGAAGAUCCAAUUGAAGCGGUAAAAGAUAUUCCCAGUGGCGCAACAGUGCUAGUUGGUGGUUUUGGGCUAUGUGGAAUUCCUGAGAAUCUUAUAGGAGCUUUACUAAAGACGGGAGUCAAAGAAAUCACUGCAGUCAGCAACAAUGCAGGGGUUGACAACUUUGGCCUGGGCCUUUUACUUCACUCUAAGCAGAUAAAACGUAUGAUCUCUUCGUAUGUGGGAGAAAAUGCAGAAUUUGAACGGCAAUAUUUAUCUGGUGAAUUAGAAGUAGAGCUGAUACCUCAGGGCACACUUGCAGAGAGGAUUCGUGCAGGAGGGGCUGGAGUUCCUGCAUUUUACACCAGCACAGGGUAUGGGACCCUGGUACAAGAAGGAGGAGCCCCCAUCAAGUACAACACCGAUGGCACCAUUGCUAUUGCCAGUCAGCCACGAGAGGUAAGGGAGUUUAAAGGGCAGCAGUUUAUUUUGGAGGAAGCCAUUACAGGAGAUUUUGCUUUGGUGAAAGCCUGGAAAGCAGACCGAGCUGGGAAUAUAAUUUUCAGGAAAACCGCAAGGAAUUUCAACUUGCCCAUGUGCAAAGCUGCGCGGACCACUGUGGUAGAGGUUGAAGAAAUUGUAGAUGUUGGAUCAUUUGCUGCAGAAGAUAUACAUGUUCCUAAGAUUUAUGUGCAUCGCCUUAUAAAGGGAGAAAAAUAUGAAAAGCGAAUUGAACGUUUAUCUGUCCGGAAGGAGAAAGAUGGACAAUCCAAAUCCAGCAAACCUGGAGCUGAUGUGAGGGAACGUAUCAUCAAGAGGGCAGCUCUUGAAUUUGAGGAUGGCAUGUAUGCUAAUUUGGGCAUAGGAAUCCCUCUUCUGGCCAGUAACUUUAUCAGCCCAGAUAUGACUGUUCAUCUUCAAAGUGAAAAUGGUGUUCUGGGUUUGGGUCCAUAUCCGAUGAAGCAUGAAGUUGAUGCAGAUCUAAUCAACGCAGGCAAGGAAACAGUUACUGUUCUUCCAGGAGCUUCUUUUUUCUCCAGCGAUGAAUCAUUCGCAAUGAUUAGAGGGGGACAUGUCGAUCUAACAAUGCUAGGAGCCAUGCAGGUUUCCAAAUAUGGUGACUUGGCUAACUGGAUGAUACCUGGUAAGAUGGUGAAAGGAAUGGGAGGUGCUAUGGAUUUAGUGUCCAGUGCCAAAACCAAAGUGGUGGUGACCAUGGAGCAUUCUGCAAAGGGAAAUGCACAUAAAAUCAUGGAGAAAUGUACAUUACCAUUGACUGGAAAGCAAUGUGUUGACCGAAUUAUUACAGAAAAGGCUGUGUUUGACGUGGACAAGAAGAAGGGGCUGACUCUGAUUGAGCUCUGGGAAGGCCUGACAGUGGAUGACAUAAAGAAGACCACUGGGUGUGAUUUUGCAGUCUCACCCAAACUCAUGCCGAUGCAGCAGAUUAAAACUUGAAAUGUGAAGUAGACAUUUGUCGUAGGCUGCUGUUUGAAAUGCAUGGGAUUUAAUUGAAGUGUCAGCAGUAAUCACAAUUUGUAUAUUAACAAGAAUUUUUGGACUAGUUUUCUUUUUUCUAGUGUUUCAGGAUUUAUGUAUCCAUAUAGACUUUGUUCUCUCAAUUGUGCUAUGCCGUUUUAAUGGAAAACAAAAAGGCAAAUGUUUUUUAUAGUUACCUUACUUGAUUCAUAAGUGCCGAGAAGGUUGUCUUUCCCAAUGGUGCUUGCAUGGGAUGUAUCUUCGAAUUCUCUUACAGCAUGAUAAAUUAUGUACAGAAUUCUCCAAAAUGAGCCCCAAGAAGUUUCAUUCAUGUGCUUUUCCUUGUGUCUAAACUAUUGACUUUAGUAGUUCUAAAAGAAAACUAAUGUUUCUGUGAAUUUGUAAUUAGAAGUUCUCCUAUAAUGUUUGUUUUUCCUUCACCCUCUUCUGACUUUGAUGGAGGGGUCCUUGAUUAUGUAGUUAUAGUUUUCCUUUCUAAUGCAUCCUGCCUCCUUCUGUGCUUCUUGUAGCUAAAUAGGUAACCGCCCCCCCCCAAAAAAAAAGGGAAAAAGAAAUAUCUUUAGGAAGAGAGAAGAAAUAGUUUGUGAAAGAGACCAAAAGUUAUAGCAUACAUUCAUGCUGAUAGCUUACCAAAAAAUUGCCUUUAUAGACAACCAGCCAUCUUUCUAUGCUUUGCCCAAGCUGAGACUAACUCCAGGAAGAGGGCUAGAAAAUACUAACCCACUUGUAUAGUUUUUCCAUUUAAAAACAGAACAAUAUUCCUCUGUAUGCAAAAGGAUCCUAGGGGUUAUUGAACUACCUGUACAUUGUUUCUCCUGAUGCCAACAAUUGUAGGCAAUUUACCAUGAAUCCUAAUCAUGACAGUAGAAUGUUAAAAAAAAAAAAAGAUACUUUUUAGGCUCUCAUUUCUUUGCAGAAAAGAUUCUAGAUAUUGAAUAGCUUUCUACAGAAAGUCUUCCAUUUAGUCUUCAUCUAAUACAUAACAAACUAAUAUUACUUCAGCCUAUGCAGAUAGGGGAAAUAAUGGUGGACAUAUUCCAGGUUUGGAGAGUUAGUGAGCAUGUAGUAAACAUGGUAUAUAAGAGUUACAAUUACUGCUUAUCCUUAGAGGUUUCUUCAGUACCAAACAUUUGCCUGAGAGGAAUUGUUUCAAGAAUAUCCUGGGUAUCUCAUAGGAACAAGCUUAGGUACCUCAAAGCUAGACUGAACAGCUGGCUUCUGUACAUGGGUAAGCAUAGUACAGAGCAAUAUAUCAUUCUUCUGGCACUCAUUAUAGGAACUUCUGUUUUUAAGUGAGGUUGUCAUUAAUACUCCCUGCCAUUCAAAUACAAUAUUGAAAGAAUAAGUUGGGCUUUUUCUGAGUCACACACUCCACAUAAAGAACACUUGAGGCUAGCUGCAAUGUUGAAAGUAUACUGUUGGUGACGAGAACCCUUCAGAGACUGUCCAAGGUCCAUGAGAGUAAUAUAUGUCUAUAUUGGAAUUGUGAUUUGGAAUAAAAUUGUAUUAUUCGUAGUUAUUAUGUACUCAAAAUACUUGCUUAUCAUUCCAGUCUGCUACUUUAAUGUUAGAUAAAGAUGAUCUAAACAUCGGCAAAACCUAAGUAAAAGACGAUAUUCUUUGUCAAAGAUUUACAUGAUGUUAAGAAAUUCAAUAAAGAUUCCAUCUGAUAGAGA